AGUGGCGACGGAGCUGUCAAACACCAACAAUCGCUUGAAAUAUUAUCCCGGGCGGUACAGAAAACAUCGUACUUUGCCCCCUUUUUUGUGUGUGUGUGUGUUCAAGAACCACGACAGAAAACUUGGAGCUCAUUUUGAGAAACUUUAAUACCGUUUGGACGAGAAACUUCCCUGUUUUUUUAUUUUUUUAAACGUGUGUUGCUGGAUAUUGGCUCUAGUUUUGUUGACAAACUAGCCAGUCAGCUAGUCCCUUGAGCUAGCUACGUGUUUUCAACUUCAGCUGCUUCUGGGGACACGCUUGUCGCUUUUCUAUACAUGCCAAAGGGAAAAAGGCAAUGGGACCCAGCUUGGAUGAUUAUUGCAAACGUCUCUACGUAAUAAAAACCGGGCUCCGAGGUCUCAGCAUACAACGUUCAAACAUGUGAAAACUCUCUCAUCCUGGCUGACUUCCUCCUUACAAGCAGUAAGAUCUGGAUGAGUAGGAAACACCUUGGAGCCAGCCGGGGUGCAUCACCAGGGCCGCCCUAGGCACCGUUUUUAAUCUGCAGUAUAUGUGUGUGACACAUUUUCUCCCAGGACACACACUGAGUCAACACCGUGCUGCCGUGGAGCACCCGGCGUCACUUAAACAAUCCCGUCCUCUUGUCAUGUGGGGACAUUACCGAAACAGGCCCACAUUACCCUCACUGGUGUCCCGAGCUUCCACUUCGCCAUGGACCGGAAUAAACGCAACUCCAUCGCUGGGUUUCCUACACGAACAGAGCGAAGUAAUGAGGACAGAGACGGUGGCGGAGGGGUAGGAGGCGGCGAGAUGGGCAUGGGUCCACCACCACAGGUGGGCAGGGUGUGGCCGUCGUCGUACAGAGCCCUCAUCAGUGCCUUCUCUUGCCUCACACGCCUCGAUGACUUCACCUGCGAGUGGAUCGGCUCUGGUUUCUUCUCUGAUGUCUUCAAGGUUCGUCAUCGAGCUUCAGAUCAGGUCAUGGCUCUGAAGAUGAACAAACUGAGCAGCAACAGAGCCAACAUGUUGAGAGAGGUCCAACUAAUGAACCGGCUUUGUCAUCCAAACAUACUCAGGUUCAAAGGAGUGUGUGUCCACGAGGGUCAGCUUCACGCUUUGACAGAGUACAUUAACGGUGGAAACCUGGAGCAGCUUCUAGACAGCAACAAACACCUGAGCUGGCCAACGCGGGUGAAAAUGGCCUGUGACAUCGCCAGCGGUCUGGCGUACUUGCACACCAAAGGCAUAUUCCACCGGGACCUCACCUCCAAGAACUGUCUGAUUAAAUGUGAAGACAACAGCUACACGGCGGUGGUGGGAGACUUCGGCCUGGCAGAGAAGAUCCCCACUAAUCUUGCUGAACGAGAGAAGCUCUCCGUGGUUGGUUCUCCUUUCUGGAUGGCUCCGGAGGUGCUGAGAGACGAAUCCUACAACGAGAAGGCCGAUGUGUUCUCCUACGGUAUAAUCCUGUGUGAGGUCAUUGCAAGGAUUCAGGCUGACCCCGACUUCCUCCCCCGCACUGAGAAUUUCGGCCUGGACUACCACACGUUCCAGCACAUGGUCGGAGACUGUCCGCCUGACUUCCUCCAGCUGGCUUUCAACUGCUGCAAUAUGGACCCUAAACUCCGUCCAUCCUGCCCCGACAUCGUCAGACACCUCGAGGAGAUUCUUGCUCGUCUUAAAGUUGAAGAGCUUGUGCACGAGUGUGUCCCGCUCACCGUGGACAACGACAAGAAAAGCAUCCCUAAAGGUGAGAAGGGCUUCAAACGGCUGAACCCUCUCGGUUUCCAGGAUGAUAAAAUCCCUCAGAAAUCCCCCCGCCCACGACGAAACAUCUGGCUCAGCCGCAGCCAAUCAGACAUCUUCUCCUGCAAACCAGGAAGAAAAGUCAACGUCCAGGACCCGUACUACAACCCUCCCAUCGCUCAGCGAGCCUCCAAAGCCCACAAGAUCAACCCGUUCACCGCCCGAGAGGACCUGUGCGGGGGGAAGAUCAAGUUCUUCGAUGUUCCAAGCAAGUCGGUCUUCUCGCUGGUGUUCGACCUCCACUCUCCUCCAGGGAGCGUCUUCAGUAACCAGCCGUCUUCUCACGGGGUACCCGGAGGACCACAGCAGGGGGCGUCUUACUACUGGCAGCAGCUGCCCGGAAGACAAUGUCACUCCUUACCGGUGUCCCCUCAGCUGCCCCGCUCUGAGGUUUUCAACCAGGCUGCUGCCGUCACCUACAAUAACAACGGUUCUGCGACCUGUAACUCCAGCCAGCUCUCCACGACGCUGCCAGCUUUUAACUCUCGGUCCGACACAAGCCUGAUGGGAAAUGACCGUCUGAAGGCGGCCCUGAGCAGCUGGGUAAAGAAAUACGUCGUAGUCGAGAUCCCACCUUACUGCAGGCAGAGAGGAGGGGAGGAGGACGGAGAGGCGGAGGGGAGGAAGGUGGGAAACGGGGAGGACGAGUUUGGGGAGAGCUGGUCUCCGAUGGUCCCCAGCGGUGAGAGAGAGGGUGGGGAGGCCAUGGACUGCUCCUACAGCCUGGAGGAGGAGGAGGCACGAGCGAGGGGGAACAGAGACCGGCUCGGUGUAACACAAAUGUAAAUCCCCACACACGCGCACACUCUCUGGUGACAGGGAGGAGGUGGUGGAUUUUGACACAGGAGACGAGGACGUUUUAACCCCUUAAAGGAUGAAGAUAGAGGCAACGGGAUCUAGUUUUUAAAAAGUAGACUGACAGACUGGAUGCGUUUCAAAAAUGUCAAAAAGGACACUUGAUUUUUACCUUUCAAGUGAGUGCAUCACAUGUGGAUGAAUAAAUCAAGCACACCAACGAGAUAUGAUCACACAGGUUCAAGCACACAGAACAGAGCUUCUAUCCACACACAGGACACUCUGCAUAGAGAUUAUAUUUUGAAAAGGAUGUUUAUAUUUAAUAUUGUGAUGAUGUAGAUUAUUUUUCUGGAAACGUUUCUUACAUUAGGCCGCUUGUCUACGAUGAGGGGUAUCGAGGAUCCCUUGUGUUGUGUAUGUGAGUGUUUAAAAUCAACCCUUGUGUUUUCA